AUCAGCAGAUACGCUUGGAAUGUUUAUUAAUAAAUGAAUAUGCACUCUUGAGAGGACGCUUGUGUGAUAACGUGAAACAUAUGUUUGUGCUUUACUAAUCACUACGCUAUGUAGAUUAUAUUUCUGUGACAGAGCCACUCAUUUCAGAUCACUGUCUAGGUAAUAGCCCACACAUACUGUUGUACAAUGAUUUAUUGUCCUUGGGAUAGAACAUGAAUAUAUUAUGGAAAAGUUUAAUAAGCAGCUUGAAUUUCGGGCAUGAAGAUGGACGCAACUAAAGUCUCAGGUAGAUUGUUUUGGUAUUCCUGUAAGGCAGAUUUCUUCCCUCUAAAGAGGGGGAUGGGAGCCCAGUUUUUGUUAUUUUGGCUCUCCCCCUCCAUGUGCAUACCAGAGGGGCUGAAAAAAGUAGCGGACUUCAGGGCAAGGUUGAAAACAUACCUCGUUGGAUAUCUGGCCGAAGCGCAGCAUCUAUGUGAUUUUCUCUCUUAGUGAGUGUUAACUAACACACAAAUGGACUUUUGCAGCAAAGUGAGAGAAAAGAAGAGGGGGAGCAUUUAAGGGGGGAUGUAACUCAUAGGUUGCGGAUCAUAUUACAGAGUUUCAGACUUUUCAUGGCAAGAGUUUUUCGCUGCCUCUUCGGUGUGGGGGGAUGGUGAAUCUUUUUGCAUUUACUCCAUUUGAUUUGUCUCAUUCAUCCGUUCAAACUUACAAGGACUUAGUUGAAGUCUACUGAAGAAUAACACGGUCGAGCCAUUUGUGUGAAACUUUUGUGGAAGUUGGAUGUAAGAUACAAUGAGCGAUACAACGCUGCAUCGAAGAGAACUCCAACAUGACAACGUUUCGGAUUGCGCUAUAAACGUUUAUUGCCUCAAAUAUGACUUUUCAGAUGUUCUUUGAUCGACUGGUUUUCCUUAAUUCGACUUUAACCCAUCGAACAUAUUUUUAACUUUUUCGGACCUUUUUUGUUUUAAUCAGAGUGGAUAUAAUAUUACACAGUUGGAUCGUCCAAGAUGUCUUCCCAAGGUUUUUACUCCAUUGUUGGGGGAUUUGGGAUGCUUUGCGUUUGGGCUGCCUCCGUAAUGGUCACUCCUGCAGCCACGGCUUUCCUAAACGAAUCAAUCCUAAACGACAAUUGCAAGAAAACGACAACUUGCGAAGUUCUGAAAUACAAUUCCUGUCUUGGCACACCUUUGCCAUACACCCACACAUCUCUAAUCCUGGCUGAGGACUCAAACACUCAAGAAGAAGUUUUUGAAAAGUUGGCCAUGUGGUCUGGUUUGCGCAAUGCCCCUCGGUGUUGGGCUGUCAUUCAGCCCCUGCUGUGUGCCGUGUACAUGCCCAAAUGCGACAAUGGAAAGGUGGAGCUGCCCAGCCAGAUGCUGUGCCAGACAACUCGCAAGCCCUGCAGCAUUGUGGAGAAGGAGAGGGGCUGGCCCAACUUUCUAAAGUGUGACAAAACAGAGAACUACCCCAAGGGAUGCGAGAACUCCUUACAGAAAGUCAAGUUCAACACAUCAGGGCAUUGUGAGGCUCCCCUGGUGAAAACAGACAACCCCGCCAGUUGGUACAAAGACGUGGAGGGCUGCGGCAUCCAGUGCAACAACCCCCUCUUCACUGAGGAAGAGCACUCAGACAUGCACAUCUACAUUGCCUUUUUCGGCUCCAUCACUCUCCUCUGCACCUUCUUUACGCUGGCCACAUUCCUUGCUGACUGGAAGAAUUCCAACCGCUACCCUGCUGUCAUUCUGUUCUACAUCAAUGCCUGCUUCUUCAUCGGCAGUACUGGCUGGCUGGCUCAGUUCAUGGACGGAGCACGUAAAGAGAUUGUGUGCAAAAUUGACAACACCAUGCGACUCGGGGAGCCCUCGUCCACAGAAACUCUCUCCUGUGUCAUCAUCUUUGUCCUUGUCUACUACUCCCUCAUGUCUGGGGUCAUCUGGUUUGUCAUGCUCACUUAUGCCUGGCACACCUCGUUCAAAGCCCUGGGCACUACCUAUCAGCCUCUGUCGGGAAAGACAUCCUACUUCCACUUGCUGACUUGGUCCAUCCCUUUCAUACUCACAGUGGCUAUACUAGCGAUCGCAGAGGUGGAUGGAGACUCCGUCAGCGGCAUCUGUUUUGUGGGAUAUAAGAACUAUCGAUACCGCGCUGGGUUUGUGCUUGCUCCGAUUGGGCUGGUCCUCUUGAUUGGUGGCUAUUUCCUUAUUCGAGGGGUCAUGACAUUGUUUUCUAUCAAGAGCAACCACCCUGGACUCUUAAGUGAAAAGGCAGCGAGUAAAAUCAAUGAGACUAUGCUGAGACUUGGUAUUUUUGGAUUCCUGGCUUUUGGUUUUGUUCUCAUUACAUUCGGCUGCCAUUUUUAUGACUUUUUCAAUCAAGCUGAAUGGGAAAGGAGUUUCAAAGAAUUUGUCUUAUGUGAAGCCAAUGUGACAAUAGCUCAUGAAACCAACAAGCAAAUCCCAGAGUGUAUUAUCAAGAACAGACCCAGCCUGCUAGUAGAGAAGAUCAACCUCUUCUCCAUGUUCGGCACGGGCAUAGCCAUGAGCACCUGGGUGUGGACCAAGGCAACGAUUCUCAUUUGGAAACGCACCUGGUUCAAGAUCACUGGGCGGAGUGAUGAUGAGCCAAAGAGGCUGAAGAAGAGCAAAAUGAUAGCCAAGGCCUUUUCCAAACGGAAAGAGCUCAAUAAAGAACCAGAGAAGGAGUUGUCGUUCAGCAUGCACACUGUAUCACAUGAGGGACCAGUGGCUGGUAUUAAUUUUGACCUGAACGAAGCAUCUAUGGAAAUGUCAUCAGCUUGGGCCCAUCAAGUAAACAAGAUGGUGUCCCGGAGAGGUGCUAUUUUACCACAGGACGUCUCAGUCACUCCCACUGGUACACCUGUUCCCCCUCCAGAGGAAAGGAACAAGCUGUGGAUGGUCGAGGCUCAGAUUUCACCUGAGAUGAUGAAGAGAAAGAAGAAAAAGAAGAAAGAAAGAAAGAGAAAGAAGGAAGUGCGACCUGCCAGACCAGAGGAGGAUUCUGUUCCUCCAACGGAGUACCGGCGUCGGGAGUUUGGCCCCAGCGCGGUGCCUCGUCUUCCCAAGCUACCGGGGCACCGGUUCCUCGUGGCCAGCCUUUGGGAGCAGCAGAAGCAGCAGCAGCGAGAGGAGGAAAACGUCCUCCCUGGCUCCUUCCCAGAGCCCAGGCCUUCCUGUCCCCUAUCAUACCAGGAGCGUUACACUGGUCUUGGAUACGUGCCCUCCAGUCAACGCUGCAGCAACCAAGGCGGCUUCAAGCUGAUCUCCAACCCUUUGUCCCUCCAGGACAGACAGCGAGAGGAACUGAGCCACUUCCGCUCGCCUCCAUCGUGGCCUCAGAACGGAGUGUUCCGCCACUCAGGGGAGGUGGAACCCAUGGCUGCGGGCUCUGGAAGGACAACCCAGGAGCCAAGGGUCCAAGGGAGAAGGACUGCGGUUGCUCCCAUUCAUUCCAGAACCAACUUGAUGGACGCAGAGCUCUUGGAUGCGGACUCAGAUUUCUGAGACUUUGAGUUUCGUAUUGGUUUUGUUUCUUUUUUUCCCACAGACUGUUUGCAAAAGCGCUGGAUGCUUUCGUGCUUACAGACUGUCCCUUUCAAUAGUCAUCAGAAGAGGUCAAACAAGACCCUCAAACAGCCUUACAUAGAAACUAAUAAAGAAAGGUGGAACCAAAGGAGCUCCUUGCCAGUGAGCAAAUAGGAGUCCAAGAACAGUGUCUUCCAGAGUUUUGGAGGCAUCAGAACUACCCCCUGGGCUGAAAUUUUAGUGUGAAUUACCUGAGGCACUAAGAUGUGCGGUUUCUGACUCAAAGCAGUCAUUGUUUGGUACGGAGGACCUUGGAACUGUUUGUGAGGAAAUAUAUUUCUAGCAAAAGGGACCUAUCAAUAAUACUGUUGUUAGUAAAAUGGUUGGUGUGAGCACCAUCAAUAUUUUGGUACUGCAAUACUGUCAAUGAUGGAUGAUAUCGAUAUCUAUUGAUGCCAGAUAUUUGUUACUAUAAUUAUUACUUCAUGUUGCCUGGUGCAAGAAUACACAAACCCUUUGCCUUGUUAUACGCGAGGUAGAAUCUACCAGUUUUUUUUAUCUGUUCAGCGUCAAUAAGAUAUUUUAAAGAUACUGAAAAGUCAAUGGCAUUAUGUUUGAACAAUGAUUUUACGCCGUUGAAUGGAAAGUUGUUUGUACAGUUUGUAAAGGGCAUAUUUUUGUAUUGUAGUGUAGGUUUUUACAUAUUUUGUAUAUCAGCUUGCAUACGUGGACAUGAAUUAUGAUCAGCUUGCAUGUUCUGUCUGGUGCUGAAAUGUUUUGCUGCCGUUUUUUUUGAAAGAGUGUAGUUUCAUAUUCAUGUAGUCUUUUUUCUGUUGGCUGCAAUUGCUAUGAUUAUUACACAUCUGCAUUCUUUUCUGCUCCUGUUCUAUUUUUACAUUUUUUAAUAACUUCAGUUUCAACUCCAAUCAAAAAACAUCAAAAGGAAAUCCUUCAGGUAAUAAUAGGUUAAGACAGUACCGUAAAAAUUCAGUCACUAUGUUUUAGAUACUAACUAAAAGCUCACAUUCACAAUCAGUGUAUCAGCACUUUGCAUAAUCCUGAGUUAAUUAUACAAUUUUUAAAGAUAUGAUGUUUUUGUUACAAAGAAGACCAUUUCUAGCCAAAUAAGAUAAAAAAAAAUUCUAACAGUAAAUAGUAUGACAGGCUACACCGUAAUGGUUCGAUCUCUGUUAAGACUGUGCUGAAAUGCUGGCCUGAUGAGCCACCCAAGCAUCUGCAAUGUCAUGCUUAGAAACAAAGUGUUAGGUGUAGGAAACCUCCCACAGGCACCUCUUCAGUCUGAGGUAGGCUACAUGCCACUGUAGCCUAUAGAACUCCUACACCACUUCCAUAAGAUUAUGAGUUUAUCACAGUGAUCUUUAAUGCGAUUUGUUGUGCUGUGCUAAUUGCACUUUGAUCAAUGGAAUCUAAAACUAUAUUUGAGAGCAACCACGCAGCUGUUUUUCUGUUAAAUGUGUGUCAAUAAAGUAAAAACGUGAACAUA